AUGGUUCUUCCGAAAAACCUACAACCCGGCAAGGAGCAGAAGGUGGUCCUGAUCACGGCGCGGGUACAUCCUGGGGAGACCCCGUCCUCCUUUGUCUGCCAAGGGUCCGCGCCCUCCCGGGUACCAUCUCAGGCCCCAACUCCACCCGUCAGACCGGCCCCGCGGAGUGUGGGCAAUGGUCCGCCCGAUGAUUUGGUUCUCCAAAUCCAGACCUUCUCCCUUCUCCCCCCGGGCCCCGGGACUCCCCAGUCAGUACACCCGGCGUCUGACCACCUUCCCCACAUCGAGUUGUUGGGAUCCACCCGGACUGAAGCUGAAAAGUUUCCCGCCUCCCCAGGGGUCAUCGAUUUCCUGGUCAGCCCGCACCCAGUGGCCAAGGCCCUCAGAGACCGGCUGGUCUUCAAGAUCGCCCCUAUGCUCAACCCGGAUGGCGUCUGUCUUGGCAACUACCGUCUGCGGAACCGCCCAGAUGUAAACAAACAGGGACCUCAGAAUACAUUUAUUGUUUUCUUAUUUAUGUUUCUGGGCAUACAAAAAUCUAUAAUUACCAGGUCCUCCCUGAUGGGAUUUGACCUGAACCGCCAUUGGCUGGAUCCAUCCCCCUGGGCCCACCCCACGCUGCACUACAUCAAGCAACUGGUCGUUCACAUGACCAAAGACCCGAACACAAGCCUGGAGUUUUAUAUCGACAUCCACGCCCACUCCACCAAGAUAAACAGCUUCAUGUAUGGGAACAUCUUCGAGGAUGAGGAACGGUGUCAGAGGCAGCUCCUGUUUCCCAGACUCCUCUGCCAGAACGCCCCCGAUUUCUCCUAUGCAGGACCGGGCACCUGCCCCCUCGCACCCCAGGGCCUCUGGAAGCUGGAGCGACUGCAGGAGCUCGGUCAGCCGCAAAGACCCAUCUGCUCCGUCGUAGAGCCGGACCAGAGGCCUGGCCAGCUCUGCGGCCCCUUCUCCGUCAACCCCCUGCCUCCCCGUCAUCCCCUGCCAGUCCCCCGUCUCCUUAUCAGUCCUCUACCCGGGUCUGCAGCCCCCACCCCGCCAGCCCCCUGCCUGUCCACCGGGGUGGGGGUCUCCCUUCCCACUUUGCCCAGUGGAGACUGGUGCCAGCAGUGGGGCCGGGGGCCAUCUCUGAGACCCGAGGCCGGAGGGGGUCCCUCCCAGGAGCCUCAUGGGACCCAUGGAGGCUUCAGUCCCUGCUUCGCCUGCUCUUGUGCACACUUCACACAUUCUGAGAAUGCCUGGAUCUGGGACGUCGCCCUUCAGAAAACCUUUAUGCCGGAAGCGAUCCGGGAAGACUCCGGAAUACUGUUUAUUAGCGAAAUGCGUCUGAUCCCAGAGGCCUGCCUGACGAGUUCAUUCCGUAUCAAUUUAAUUAGCCGAUUUACAUUUAAUUUACAUUUCAAUUAA